AUGAAAGGCAAAUGGAAACAAGUCAUACAUAUAUAUGCUGCAGAGAGUAAGACUCAUGAGGUGAAGAUCACAAGGUCUGGUGACACAGCAUUACACGUAGCAGUCUCUGAUGGCCAAGAAGAUAUCAUGGAACAACUCUUAGAGAUCAUUUCCAGAGAAGGACCUGUACAUGCAGAAAAACUACUUCUGACUAAGAAUGAGAGUGGGAAUACUCCUCUUCAUAUUGCGGCGUCAAUGGGGAACAUGAGGAUGUGCAGUUGCAUAGCUAUUGUUAAACCUUCCUUGAUAGGUGCUUUCAACAAUGAUAGAGAGACUCCCUUCUUCUUGACCGCUCUUCGCGGUAAGAAGGAAGCUUCCCUUUGCCUUCACCAAAACUGUGAACCUGGGCAAGGCUCUUCUUAUUGUAGGAGAAUGGGUGGCAAGACUAUUCUACACUGUGUAAUAGCCGGUGACUACUUUGGUAUAUUUGUGGAUGACCUCAAAGUAGAAGAAACAUCAUAUGUCCGGGAAUCACUGAUAAAAAGUUUCAAGGAAGAAAAGAAUCCUAACCAUCCAGAAAACUAUCAAAUUUGCAUAAAUUUCUUUCAGUUACUGGGGAAUGCUCUUCGAAUUGGAUCUAAUGCCAUAAUGAAGAUAAAGGAAAAGAAAGAAAAGCAUAAAUGGUCAGUUCAGGUCAUGAAUAAACUCCUGGAAAGCACUUCUAUGUAUGAAUAUGAACACACGGGAGAGGCACCUCAAGAAACCCAAAAAGACGAUGGUGAAGAAACGAAACCCUAUGAAAUUUCAGAUGGUGGAGAUGUUGCAGCUAUAAAAGGCAUGCUUGAAUAUGAUGUCCAGCCAUUGACUCCUCCUAACUCUGCUGAUUCCUCAAGAUCAACCAACAGACAGAGCACUGAUAACCAAAAGAAUAGUACUAAUAGAAAAGGAGGUACUUAA